AUGGACUCUGCUCUGCCUCUGCUGCCCGGGGGGGACCGGCUGCCGGUGGAUUCCGCAGAUGAAUGCAUCCCACUAAAAAAGAGGGGGACUUGGCACAGUGAUCAGCAACCUGUGACCUUCAUUCCACCAAAGAAAAGGAGGAUUUGGCGGAAUAUCCAGCAUCCCGGAGUGCAGAAUAUUGAUUGGAUCAGUGCGAUGCCAGAUGAUAUUUUGGUCAAAAUUCUUUCAUUAGUGACAAUAAGCGAGGCUGCGAUGACUGACUGUCUUUCCAGCAGAUGGAGACACCUGUGGGAAAACGUCCACCGGCUCAGCCUUAGCGCCCAUGCUCUUGGGAUGCAAGUGCUAGGAAAGUCAAAUUAUCAUGAAAAUCCUGAUCUCUGGAAUUCAGAAGCUACAAAGUUCAUGCAUAAAGUAAAUGAGCUUCUGCGGCAUCAUAAUGGUACUGGAGUCCAGGAAUUCGAAGUUCAGUUCCCAUUAACUUCAGCUCAUGCUCCUGACCUAGAUCGCUGGGUUGCGUUUUCUGUGACGUCUGGUGCCAAAUGCCUCAAACUAUGCCUUUGUGAUGUGGAGGCUAUGGCGGCCAUACAACAUGUAGAGCCCUACAGCCUCCCUUUGAAGCAUUUUACUGAUGUGUGCUUAAUAAGUAUCAGUAUUCAUGCUGAGAAGCUCGAGGAUUUCUCAUACAUGGGUCAUAAGGUGGAUGUCCAGUAUGAAUAUGCGCCAGUUGUUCACAGGCUCGGUGCUCAUUUUGUGAAGAAGAAUGAAUGUCCUUUAGAGUGCAUAGGUGCACACUCUAAGCUCAGAAGUUUGACCUUGCAAUUUCCCUCACGUUUACAGGUUUAUGGAAAUUUGCAACCAUUGAGUUGGCUGAAAGUUAAAUGGCCCAAGAAUUGUAUUCUUAGUGCGCUCCACACUGUCAAGUUUGGAGGGUUUAGUGGGGAAGCUGAGUUGUUGCAGCUCUUGUUCUUUCUGCUAAGGAGGUCACCGAAGCUUAAGGAUAUGCUAAUUGACCCACAUCCAUACCGCUACAAAGGCUGUGGCCGAUGGAAGAGGAAAAAGUCUGAAGAUGCCACGAGGUGCUAUUAUGCGAGAGGGGUGGCUUUGAAACACCUGUCCCCUGAAAUUCCAUCUACUGUAAAGUUUAGCAUUAUGUGA